GUUGACUGUCGCGUAUCGGUGGAUAAUUGUUUCUCAGUUGCUUAAUAAAAUUUGUUCCCGGUGCGGAUUACCCAUAUCUGCAUCCGAUCGGGGAAGAAUGGCAUCGCCGGCGGUCCAGCGUUCAUCAAUUCAGCGCCUCCCUACCUUCAAAGACAGAACCACUGCCACCACCUCCGGAACCCCAUCAUCGUCCAGCCCUCCAUCCUCUUCCUCAUCACUCUUAGAUUCCUUUGCCUCCGACCCAAUUUUCUCCAAAUUCCUCUCCUCCGAUUUCGACUCAACCCGGUUCUCCUCUGAGGCGCUCUCUUCAGGCACAGCUGCUGCUCGUGCCGAGAAGAUCCAAGACGGCAUUCGCCUCCUAGAGAAGCAGCUCCGUUCCGAAGUCCUGUCUCGUCACAACGAUCUUCUCUCGCAGCUCUCUUCCGUCAAGGAUGCCGAAUCCUCUCUCUCCUCCAUUCGGUCCGCCGUCUCGACUCUCCAAUCCUCCGUACGCCUCGUCCGUUCCGAGAUCGCCGAUCCAAACCGUCAGAUCCGAUCUAAAACGGUUCAACUCUCUAACCUCCAUUUCACCGUCGAUCUCCUUCAGUCCACUGUCCGUGUACUCCGUCUCUCCAAGAAGCUACGCGACGUGAUGGCGGAACCCGAAGCCGAGAAACUCGAUCUCUCCAAAGCUGCUCAAUUACACAGUGAGAUAUUGCGCCUCUGCAAUGAAAAUGAUCUAUCUGGAAUUGUCCCAGUCGAUGAGGAACUGAAAUGGAUAUACGAAGCAGGCCAGAGGUUGCGCUCUGAAGGAAUGAAAGUACUUGAAAGGGGUCUUGAAAGUUUUAAUCAGGCAGAGGUUGGUGCUGGCUUACAGGUGUUCUACAAUCUAGGGGAGUUGCGGACAACGGUAGAUACUUUGAUAAACAAGUAUAAGACUCAGGGUGUAAAGAGUGUGAGUGUUGCCUUGGAUAUGAAGGCGAUAUCUACAUCCGGUGGUGGUAGUUUUGGUGGUCCGGGAGGGAUACAAAGGAGUGGAACACCACAGCUCGGUGGUGGUGGUAAGGCCAAAGAUGCAUUAUGGCAGAGGAUGGCUGUUUGUAUGGAUCAUUUGCAUUCAGUCGUGGUUGCCAUUUGGCAUUUGCAGAGGGUGUUAUCAAAGAAAAGGGAUCCCUUCACUCAUGCCUUGCUACUUGAUGAAGUGAUGCAGGAAGGCGACUCUAUCUUAACCACUCGUGUGUGGGAGGCAAUUGUAAAAUCAUUCGCAAACCAAAUGAAAUCCACUUUCACAGCAUCAAGUUUUGUCAAAGAGAUAUUCACAGUUGGAUACCCAAAGCUCUUCUCCAUGAUAGAAAAUCUUCUUGAAAGAAUUUCUCGAGACACAGAUGUCAAAGGGGUUUUACCUGCCAUAACAGUUGAAGGUAGAGAUCAAAUGGUAGCUGCCAUUGAAGUGUUUCAGACAGCUUUCUUGACCCUUUGUUUGAGUCGCCUAUCAGAUCUUGUCAACUCUGUAUUCCCUAUGUCAAACCGUGGUAGUAUUCCCUCUAAAGAACAUAUUUCAAGAAUUAUCUCACGAAUUCAAGAAGAAAUUGAAGCUGUUCAAAUGGAUGCACGCUUGACACUUCUUGUCCUCCGUGAAAUCAGCAAAGUCCUCCUUCUACUUGCUCAACGUGCCGAGUACCAGAUAGCAACGGGACCUGAAGCGCGUCAGAUAACGGGGCCCGCGACACCCGCGCAAGUAAAAAACUUCACACUCUGUCAACACCUACAAGACAUCCACAUCAGCAUCUCCGCCAUAACACCGCCAAUCGCCACCGACGUCCUCUCCCCCUCCCUCAACACGAUCUACGAAGUCGCCUGCGAUUCCGUCACCUCCCUAUUCCAAUCCAUGCUCGACCGCCUCGAAUCCACCAUCCUCCAAAUCCACAACCAAAACUUCGGGGCCCACGGAGCCGAUGCCGCCAUGGACAACAACUCAUCACCGUACAUGGAAGACCUCCAAAAGCACAUCACCCAUUUCCGCACCGAAUUCCUUUCCCGACUCCUCCCCUCAUCCGCCAAAGGAACCGGAACCGGAAUCGGAAUCGGAACCGAAACCAUUUGCAUGCGUCUGGUCCGAACCAUGGCGGCUCGAGUCCUGAUCUUCUUCAUCCGACACGCGUCCCUGGUUCGACCGCUGUCUGAGUCCGGGAAACUCCGAAUGGCUCGAGACAUGGCUGAGUUGGAACUAUCCGUGGGUCAAAACUUGUACCCGGUUGAGCAACUCGGUGCACCGUAUCGGGCCUUACGCGCGUUGCGCCCGGUUAUCUUUUUGGAAACGAGUCAACUCGGGUCGUCACCGGUGAUCCAGGAUUUGCCACCGAGUGUUGUGUUGCAUCAUUUGUAUUCGCGGGGCCCGGAUGAGUUGCAGUCACCGAUGCAACGGAAUAAACUUACGGCUUUACAGUAUUCGUUGUGGUUGGAUUCGCAAGGAGAGGAUCAGAUUUGGAAAGGGAUUAAGGCGACUUUGGAUGAUUAUGCAGUUGGUGUUAGGGCGAGAGGGGAGAAGGAGUUUAGUCCUGUUUAUCCGCUUAUGUUGAGUAUAGGUGAGUCUAUAUCGGAAAAUAAUAUCAGUUCAAGGAAAGCUUAGAUCAUAGAUUUUUGGGUUUAUAAUAUGUUUUUUUUUUAAUACGUAUUUGGACGUAAUUGUUUAUUCGUGUUAUUGUAUAAGGUUUUGGUUGCUUCGGUUUAAUGAAAAAUGAUUUCUUUAGA